ACUUUGUGAAUUUAUUGUGAACUUUAUUUUAUUUCCCAAACUUCUGUUUAAUUUUAAUUUAAUUAUUACGUAGUAGGCGGAGUGAUAGAAGUGCUUUGAGUUAGAUAUUUACCAGACUUAUCACUCCGCACUCGUAAAUAUUAAUUUAUUUUCUUUCAUAAAAUAAUAGCUAUUCUGUUGUAGCACAAUAAAAUUAUUUUUAUAAUAAAUUAGUUGCAGAGUUAACGAAGUUGUUAUCAAUUGCAUUGUUAAUAAUGACCACCGAGUCCGAACCAUGUCAGGAAAGUUCUGUAAAAAAGUUUAUCAAAUAUUUUUAUCAAGGAAAUCUUAAUUUCAGUUUAUUGCCAGAGGAUGUGGAAAAAAUGGAUUGGAAUUGGCAACAGGAAUUUUUGGAUGCAACGGUGAACAGUAAAUUAUUGAAAGAGUAUCCAAUAAGCGGCAAGUUUGCAAGCUUGUUUCUAAAGAAAAUAAUUCAGCAUUUGGAACGAAAUCAGGAGGUCCAUGAUGAAUUCUAUGAACAUUUAUGUACAAGUAUGAAUAAUGUAGAUAAAGACGGGUUUAGUUACCGGCACUAUUUGAUAGAUAAUGAUAUAAAUAAUGCCAUUACUAUAAAAGAAACAAAGAAUAUGGUGGUCAAUGGUACAACGGGGUUGAAGACUUGGGAGGCCGCGUUAAUGUUAUCUGAUUGGGCACUGUGCAAUAAAAACAUUUUCUCAAAUAAAAAUGUGUUGGAAUUGGGUUCUGGAGUAGGAUUCACUGGGAUAUCAAUUUCUAAGUACUGCAAUGCCAAAUCGAUGAUGCUUACUGAUUGUCAUGAUGAUGUUUUGAAGACUAUAAGUGAUAAUAUACACAUUAACUUUCCACAACUGCAAAAAGAGGAAGAGAAUAAUAUUACUUGGUUUAAGGACCAAGAUAAGUCACUUGGCAUAAUGCCACUAGACUGGAAUGCCAUUGAUGAUUUACCAGAAGAUUUGGUCCCAGAUGUGUUGAUUGGAGCGGAUAUAGUGUAUGACCCAUCAAUAUUGCAGCCAUUGGCCAAUGUUAUUCAAACCUUCUGUUUAAGAAAUAAGAAAUUAGAAGUCUAUAUUGCAAGUGUUAUUAGAAAUGAAGACACUUUCAAUGGGUUCUUAAAAACCCUAGGGGAAAUGGACCUACACUAUGAAACUAUCGAACUACCAAAAUGUGUUCACAUUGAAUGGAAUCAAAGUAUAAAUAGAAGUUUGUUGAAAAUAUAUUCUAAGUUGAAAUAAAUAACUAA